CCAUCGCCGCCAUGGCUGAUACGGAAACCGAUCGCUUUCCUCUACACACGGCCGCGCGAGAAGGCAGAGGUGAUUCCCAUUCAGAUCUCAACUCAAGAGCAACACCACAGCUGACAUCAAAUGUCACGUCCGCAGUUGCCGCAGCUGAAGGCCUUCUCAAGACGGACCCCAAGCUCUCAAAGCGCAAGGACGACGACGGCAGAUAUGCGAUCCACUGGGCAGCCUCUUCCAACAGCCACGAGAUUGUCCUCCUCUUGGCCAACCAAGCAAGCUUUGAUCCGGAUAUCCAGGUACAGCAGACCCCUUUGCUUUCCCCAGCUUCGUCGGAACCAGGCUAUCAUAGCGUCAUAGAAGACCAGACAACAUUCCCCUCGGCCUCACUCGACAUCUGUCGCUCACACUCCUCACAGGACGACAGCGGCUGGACGCCCCUCAUGAUCGCAGCGAGUGUGCCGAACAGCGAGCCAGUGUUGAAUCUGCUCCUUUCAAGAGGCGCAGACGUCAAUAUCAAGAACAAUAACGGCCAAAAAGAACACAAAGUCAUCUCAAACAGCUCAUACGGAUUCCAACCCCCCCUAUCACAACCGCCACAACACCCACACUCCCUCAUCUUCCCCAAGGAAACUAACACCACCACCACCACCACCCCCCAGUCAGCCCUCCACUUCGUCGCCUCCAAGAAGAACCUCGACGUCGCCCGCCUCCUCCUCGCCGCCACCCCCCCGGCCUCGACCCGCGUCCGCGACCGCCGCGGCCAGUACCCCAUCCACCGCGCCGCCGCCGUCGGCUCCGUGCCCAUGGUCACGCUCCUCCUGCGCAACAGGAGCCCCCUGAACGCCGCGGACAGCGAGGGCUUCACGCCGCUCCAUCAUGCUGUUGCCGAAGGUCAUGGAGACACAGCCGUCGCUCUGCUAAAGGAAGAAGCCGACUUCACACUCAAGAACAACGAAGGCGAGCUGGCCAUUGACUUGGCCCCGGACAAAGAGGCAAGUAUUCCUUCUGUGAUGCAUUUCUUCACAACACAGUAG